GAUGCAUCGAUCGUUUGAUUCAUUCGUUGAAAUGUAUGACGCAUCAACGUGAUAAAUACUUACAUUCCUAUCUUUUCUUCUUCCUUUGAAGUUCUGUUCUGCUGAAUUAUCGAAAUUGCCUCUUUAUACGGAUCAGUAGAUUAGAUUUUUUAAUCGUUAUUCGUUCUCGAGUAUUUUGAUGAUUUGCGUGUAAGUGUAAGUACAUUACCGAUCAGUGAAGAUUUCUCGUGAAUAAAUGUUCCAGUUCGUGUGUUUUUUUUUUUGGUUUUUUGAUAUCUACGCGAUUAUUUUUAUCGGCUUAUUCGGGUUAGUGUGUGAAUUCGUAUUUCGAUUCGUGGCCAUAUCAAUUCAUUUGAUACAGAAUGACGAAAAGACGUAGUAAGCGUUUUCUUCGCCGCGAGUACCAUGAGGAAAGCUGUCGAGAUGAUUCGAAUCAGUACCAAAAUUGAGCCAUUUAUUACGUGUGUGGGUCAGUGUGAAUUCUCUCUCUUAAGAUAUUACAAUGUUGAUCGCCAAUGAAUCUACGCUCAUUGUAUCACCUUCAGCUCAUCGAAAAUUUUCCACACGCUUCAAAAAUGUCUUCCAGCAAAUAUUUUCAGUGGUUGACAUGGCUUGGAUCAUGUCGGGGCCAUGAAUACAACAUAGCUGUAAAAUGAGAGAGUCUUACCAACCUGUUUGAAAACGAACCGUACCACAAGAGUUAUGUUGAGAACGUUGACCAACAUUUGGUUUGUUACUUCGAUAUUAUGGCUCGUUAUUGAUACUGAAUGUUGUAAAUUUCCUGCUCAUUGGGUUGGAAAUUGGUACCAGUCGGGAAUUCGUAAGACGAUAUCUAUCGAAGGGAAUCGAUUCAGUUCGAAGGGAUCUUGCGUGGCUGUGGACGGAGAUAAAUUUCUCAUCGCCAACGAUGACCGAAGUUGCUACCGAUGCGUCGUCAUUCACGAAAAACACUACAACGUAUUGCAAUAUAAAGAAACUUUUUGCGACACGCACGAAACACUGAAUAAAAUCUGCGCCUUGAUUACCGGUGAAGCUCUACUGUACUCAAUGUUCCGUGAAAAUGCCACACCAAUUUCGUGCCCGUUCAAGCCACCGUAUACGUUUACUUAUAACCGAGGACAUGGCGAAUGUCGGUAUCCUGUGUCCACCAUCGACUCGUGCACCCAAGACUCGAAAAUUGUCAUCCAAUAUCAAGCCUGCCCGGAUGUUUACGGUUCAGAAAGCGCUCUCGAAGAAAUCCAAUGCCUAGCUGUCUGGAAAGAAGGCUCAUACCGUUACCUUGUGGGCAAAGUCAGCAACCACCACAUAGCAGUGGGUGAAGACCACUACAGAUGUUUCGUAUUCGAGAAAUCUGGCUCGUUACCGCAGAUUCCUCUCGAAUCCGACUCAACUCCAGAUCCAGAUGUCGAAUACAGAAUAGCUCAAUCAGGAGAUGCCACAUGCACAGGAUUAUUCAGCCCUGCUGAAGGAUCACGAACGAUGAUUUUGAAAAGAACUCCUUUAAACUUUAAAUGCAAAUUCCCAACAUGGAUGACCAAAAAGAAACAAUGGCAUACGUUGGAUUACAGCUACUCUUAUACUUUCAUUCAACACAACUCGACGCUCAAAAUUACCAACACAUCGACUACAAUAAAUGAUUAUUAUUCCAAUACCAGAAACUUGAGGCAUACCUUGUUCAAUGGAGACGAAGUACGAAUCAAUUGCGUAGAGUCAAUCAGAUCAUCUCCCGGGUACAUUCAAAUUCUGACUCAUUUUUUAACCGAAUGCCAACGCGGAUAUUUAUGCAUUACCCUGCACAGAAGAAGCGAUCAUAUCGUCGAAAUACAAAUCGGUGCUCCUGCCAAACGACUAGAAGAUGCCUGCCAUCCCAAUUAUUUCGAUGCAGAUAAAACGCCUUUCAUCACGUUAGUGACGCCGGAACCGGAAACGAAAGUAUGUCCGUUUUUUGGAAAUUUUCGCGUCAACGGCGUCAGCGGAAUGGAGCAAAGCGUUUCGGAAAAAUUCACUUCGGAAGAGAACCCCGGAAAACGACCUUACUUAUCGUCCGUAGAUAUAAUGGGAACUUAUUCCGAUAAUUUGUCACAAAACUUUUUCAAAUCCGACAAUCAAAUAAAACAAGAACUACAGCAGCGUUCGUCGUCUUCGAGCUCCGGCUUCGGCUACAGGACGGCGACGAGCGGCGGUCCUUCUGCUUUCGAUGCAGACAACGUCGUCGAGUACGCGAAAAGAAAAAUUUCAAAGAGAUACGUUAAUUACGCGAAAUUCGUUUCUCGUCGUUCUGCUGUGUCGUCGUGGAACGAGAAUAAACCGAAUUUUACCAACACGGAUCACGAGUUGUACUACGACUCGAAUAACGAAACCAGCGGCGACGAAAGUGUAAGAAUUAGUUUAGAAGAUCGACGACAACGGGUCGCUGCUCGUUACCUGUUAAAUGCCAAAAGAAAACUCGAUAAUCGAAUAAGAGCUAAGAGGGAAAUGACACGAAGUACGGGUCAAGAGAAGAAGAAUUCUUGUAUUUUGAAUUUCAAUAAAUUAUAUUUCGGCUGCCGUUCGCCGGAUACCAUGGAAUUCAGAUCCGAUUGCCCCUUGUUCUCGUCUGAUAUCAUUUCUGUGUACUUAUGCCACGGUUCUUGGAGUCACAAUGUUAGUCGAAAUUCGAGUAUACACUACCUCGUUACGACUCCAUUAAGUCGUACUUCAAGAGGAGUACGUCGUUACUGUUUUAUGUACCAAACGAACGAGGAUUCUUCUCUCAUACACUUCACGAGUACUUCGGAUACGUGUCAUCGUGGCUCUGUACCAGGUCUCGAUGGUGCUCUAUCGUUUAAUAUCACGCCAAUUGGUGGCGCAGGAAAGUGCGCCGAGUUGAAUUCGACUUCUUUGCAGUUUACGAUAUCAUCGUUGACGAUAUCGGCGACCGUAAUUCAUUGUUUAUUAAUUAUUUAUAGCCUUUUAAACCCGAAUAGGUGACUGCAGUACUACUAAUGAUUGUAAUAAUACAUCGUAUAGUUUAAUACGUACACGGUUCCCUGUGCCCCUUUUACCCUCGAGGUUGUACUCUGAUUUUUGAUUUUUUUUUGGUUCGUUGUCGAGUUCUCAAAGUUGUUUCUUUUUGGGGAAAACUGAAAUUCGAAAUGCAGUUCAAUGUUUUUAUGGAGAGGGGAAAGAGGAGGGGAGUUGAAAAUUGAAAAUUUCACGAUGAGAAAUUGCGUUGAAAGUUUUCGACUCCUUCAAAAGAUAAAUGAAGAUCCUCCAAAGUGCUUCUGAUAAAAUAUAUAAUUUUUAUAAUUUUUCAAUUUUUGCUUUUUUCUUGAAUCAGCUGUUCGAGGAAAAUGAAAAACAUUUAACCCUUUCAAAUGAAAGUUCAACUUAGCUUAAAAUCACCAAAAAUCCUGAAAAAUUAAAAUCGAAAUUUUUCAAGCGUUGUUUCAAUUUAAAUUCGCUUUAUUUAUGAGAAACUCUAAGCUUCUCAAAGAGAGCUUCAAGUUGACAAAAAUAAAUCUUAAAAAAAUGAACAAUUUUGAAUUUAUCUAACGUGAAAAAACCUCAAAUAAUAAAAAUAUCACCAAAAAUCGUGAAAAAUUAAAAUCGAAAUUUUUCAAGCGUUGUUUCAAUUUAAAUUCGCUUUAUUUAUGAGAAACUCUAAGCUUCUCAAAGAGAGCUUCAAGUUGACAAAAAUAAAUCUUAAAAAAAUGAACAAUUUUGAAUUUAUCUAACGUGAAAAAACCUCAAAUAAUAAAAAUUUUUGUGCAAAAAAAAUGAAGAAUUUAUUGAGAAGAAAAGAUGUAUAACUUCUAUAAGGAAAAUAUAAAAUGAUGACGUAUCAGUGCACUGAACUCCCCCCCUUCUCUUCUCAUAAAAAUAAAGCAAUGGUCGCAAAUUGAGAAAAUUUUAAAUAUUUUUUCUUAUCCUGGCCACUCGCAGUUCAUUGAACAGAAAAUAGCUCUAAAGAAUCAGGACAACUCUCCUCUCCCACCCACUCUCCCUCCCUCCUCGUCUUCCUUCUCCUCCUCCUCCUCCUCCUCCUCCUGCAAAAAAUGAAAUAAACAACAAGUUGUGGGCAAAAAUUCAAAAAAAAAUUUCGUAAAUCGAAGAAUUUUGUUCAAUUUUCCUCCACUAUUCCUCCCCCUCCCACCCCAAAAAAUUAUAAUUUAAAAUAUUUUGAUACUCAACUUCUUUAAGAAAAAGACAAAAUGAUGACGUGUCAGUGCACUGAACUUCCCCCUCCCUCCUCUCAUAAAAAUAAAGCAAUCAGCGAAAGUUGAGAAAUUUUAAAUAUUUUUUCUUAUCCCGACCACUUGCAGUUCAUUGAACAGAAAAUAGCUCUAAAAAAUCAGGAAAACUCCCCUCUCCCUCCCUCCUUCUCCUCCUCCUCCUCCACCUCCUCCUCCUUCUCCUGCUAAGAAUGAAAGCAAACAAGCAGUUGGGGGCAAAAAUUUUAAAAAAAAAGAUCGGAAAUCGAUGAAUGUUGUUUAAUUUUCCUCUCGAAUCCCUUCCCUCCCUCCCCCCAAAAUACAAUUGAAAAUAUUUUGAGAUCCUUAAAAUUUUUAUAGAAAAUUUCUAUCAGAAAAUACCCCCUUCUCCCCCCUCUUCCUCAUCUCGAAUACGAAACAAAACUUCAGAAAGCUGAGACUAAAAUUUUUCAAAGAAUCGUACAAAUAGAAGGAUUUGUUCAAAUUUCAAAUUUUUCAUUCAACUGAACCCUCUAAAGCCCCUCUUCUCUUCUCUUCUCUUCUCUUCUCUUCUCUUCUCUUCUCUUCUCUUCUCUUCUGUUCCAAAACAACAAAUCAUUCAUCAAAAUGAAAAAGUUUUAAAGAUCGGAAAAAAUUCAACCACAACUUUUUUUUGAUAUUUUUUUCAACAAGAAACAUCUCCAAAAUAUGAUCACACCCUCCUCCCUUUCCACAAAAAAAAAAAACAAAAAAAACUUGAAGACAGCAAACAUCUUGCAAAAUAAACAUAUCUAUGUAUUUUAUUUAAUGCUCUCCCUUUCCCCUCUCCCUAAAAAAUGAUUGAAAUCAAAAUAUUUUUCAGAUCUAGACAUUUUUUUGCAGCUUUUCAUUGGGAAAUAGCUCCAAGAAAUCGCUCUCCCUCCUCCUUCUCCUCCUUCCUCCUCUCAAAUAUGAAAAUAAACGACAAAUUUAGACCAAAAUUGUCAAAAGGUUCUUCCAAAAUGAAUAAAUUGUUCAAAUUUAAAAUUUUUCUAUUCAACUUUGCGCCUCAAUUUUCUCUUCUCUCGUUCUCUCUCAUUUAAAAAAACGAAUCACUGAAAACAAAUGGAAAAAUUUUGAUGAUCCAAGUUUUUCAUUUUGAAACUUCAAUUUCUGUUUUUUCUGCAGAAAGUUCUUUUGAAAAAUGCUAACUUCCCUCUUCUACCCCUCCUAAUUUUCUACUCAAAUACCAAAAAAAAAAAAAAUGUUCGUGAGUUGUGACCAAAAUUUUCAAUCACAAAAAAUCUGGCGAAUAGAUAAAUUUUAUUGAACUACAUAAUAUCUAUUUCUCCUCCUCUGCUCUUUCCUCUCUUCCCCUAAAAAAAUUUAUAAAAGAGGAAAAUUUUCAAGAUCUAAACAUUUUCGUUUUGUUGCUUUAGAUCAGGAAAUAAUUCCGAAAAAUCUCCUCCUCCUUUCCUUCUUCCUUGAAUAUAAAAACAAAAGAGAAAUUCGACCGAAAUUUUGAAAAGAUCUUGCAAAAUGGUAAAUCGUUCAAAUUUUGAAUAUUUUGAUUAAACUUCCCCUCCAUCCCCCCCUCACCACCGCCCUCCAAAAAUCACAAAUGAUUAAAAUUUUAAAAAGUUUGAAGUUUUUUUAUUCAAACUUCACUUGCAGUUUUUUUCGAAAGUAAAUUCAUCUGAAAAAUUCAACCUAGCUCCUUCCCUUCCUCCUUCUCCUUCUGAAUACAAAUAAAUUUCGAAGAACAGACCAACUUCUUGUAGAUUUUUCAUCCAAAAAUAGUUCUGAAAAUUUCAGCUUUCGGUGAAAUAAAAAAAGAAAAGUUUGCAAGUUUGCCAAAAUUUGAAAAAAAUUACCAAAAAUGGGACAUUUUCCCAGUGCUUCUUUCUCAAUUGCCAAUUUCUGAUUUUAAAAUGAACUUGAAAAAUUUUACACCCCUGUUCCUUUUAGAGAGGAGGAAGUGGUAGAAAAACAGGCUCGAGGAAUUUUCCUAGCCACGUAUUUUGUGCAAAAAAUUAUCAACGUCCAAUAAUAGCGAAAUUUUCAAAAUUUUCACAUUUUUGACUAUCCUGCCUACCCUUGAUCUUGUUUUUGGGGUUCUUAAUCCAUUUUAUAAUUAUCUUGAUUCAUUUUUUGCGUCAGUUUGAAUUUUCUAGAAAUAUUAUUAAAAUUUGAAUGAAAAAAUCUGUUUAAUUUGAGGUACCUACCGUGAAAAGACAACCCGGAAAUAAAAAUAAUGAGAUACAGAAUCUCGAAUAAAUUCAAAAUGCAACCAUUCGUUUGAUUUUGAUUCAUGUUCAGGCAUAAUUUUGUAAAAAAGGAACAACUUCGGUCAGGUCAGAGAGAAAAGGAAAUAUUGAAAAUCAAAAAACAGAGAUAACCCUUCCCUUCCCUACCCUGUCCCCUUCUCGACAUUUUUAUCUUCUCAAUGUGCAGUAAUGUUACGUUUUAUUGUGUAAAUAUUACCUAAUUAAUACAUUCUUUUACGUUUUUUUUUUCAUUACUUUUUUUUUCAACGUUACAUUGUUAUUUAUAUUUUCACUUUUAGUUAUUCAUUAUUAUACCUGCAUUAUUUUAUUUACCUAUAUAAAUUUUGUUGUAUCUAAAAGAAAAAAAAAAGGUCGUCGGAGUCCGAAAACCCCCCUCCGCGACAGAUAUUAUUUUUAUACUACCAAUUUUACGAAUAAUACACUUUUAUACGUAAAUUUUUUUUCAGUAACUGUAGGCUGUAAUCAAUUUUGUAUUGUUUUUUUUCUUUUUUUUUUUUUGGAACGGUUUCCCUCAAUCCCUUUACCCUUCAUUGCCCGAUCCCUUUAGCUCAUUUUUAGUCGAAUUUUAUCCCUCGGUCUGAUCGUUGUAUAGGUUGAUUGAGUUUUUACCCAUAAUAUGUUGGAUGUACUAAUACUCGUGCUGCUGGGAAUGUCAACGUGCACGAUUACCCUGCAAUUGGAUGGUUCGACUUUGCCUUUUGGGUCGAACGAGCCAUACUGAAUUAGGAAUAAAGGGAAAAUUUAUUAAAAAAAGAAAUCCUCAUCGGAUGUGCGGUUGUUGAUCGGAUUAUAUGUUGUACACUCAAUUUGAUUUAUAAAUAUUAUAAGGUGAUGGUUCGUUUUAUGCUACAAAUUGUGUUGGUUAUUUUUAAGGAUUUGGCCAGGUAUUAUGAAUUUUGUAUACCUACCUGUUUCAGGCAUCUUGUAGAUGAGAAAUCUUUAUAAAUGACACAGCUUAUUUCUUCUUACACCUACCUGAAAUGUGUUUUGUUGUAAGGUGGCUAAAACUACGUACCUACACAAGGAUAUGUUUUCUUCUCUGGUUUAUUUGUUAGAUGCUGGGUUUUCUAUUAGAAAAAGUGAAUGAGAAAAGGGUAACACAGAACUCCUCGAAUAACGCACCAGUGACCGCAAUGUGUGUGCGAGAAAAUUACGUCCUUUUGUGAACUCAGUAUAUAACUAGGUACGUAAGCAGUAAAGUACCUACCUAUAUCGUUGGCAAAAGCUCAUGAAGUUGAAAACUAAUUAUCGCCUAAGAACGAUUUGAACUUGAACUUAGCCACGUUAGACGUUAUAAGCACACGUGUAGGUAAACCCCAUACCCACGUAUGGUAUAAUUUUGAAACUUGUCGUGAACCUGGACCUAUGUCUAAAAUGGAUAAAUACUCGUAUGUGUGUGAGCCAGAUGUGCACUUGUGCAGAAUACCUACUUACUUGGGUAGUAGGUAUAUGUAUAAGACUCUGAUACACGAAUUGUCAAAUUCUCGCCAAGUUUGAGGUCGAAUUACGCUCGAAUAAUUUGUACACGUUUGUGCGAAUUUGUUGACGAAGGUGUAAUUUGAUCCGGUGUGGUUUACUUACUUGUACACAUCUUAUGAUGAGUUUGAAAAGCAAAAUGUGUUUUGCGAAUUGUUUGACAGUUGAGGAGGGAAAAAGUAUACAGUUCUAAAAAAAUUUCUGGGUGUGAAAAUUUAUUUAAGAAAAGUUCAAAAUGAAAUUCAACAUUUUUAAAACUUUGAUUAUUUACUAUCUUUGUGACCUUCUCAGUCAAUUUAAGUACGACUUCUUAGAUCUGUUCUUGCAGGUUCAAAUCCAAAGUUUUUCCAUGAGCCAAAGGGGAGGGGACGAGACCCUCACCCCCUCCUACCCCACUACUGUGACUUUCGACUCUGUCAAAACUAAUCUGAUUAAACUGGAAUAGAUAAAAUUGCAUCCGAGAAUCUGUAUCUUCGAAUCUGGUCAGAUUCAAUCAAGUCAAAUUGGAUCCAUUUAUGGAAUGGAAUGUCUAAAUUUAACCAGGUCUUAUCAGAUUCAGUCAUUUUCCACUGAGAUACGAAAGUAUGUGAAUGCUCAAAGCUCAAUGUGUUUCAUCUUCGGAAGUUAUGACCCAAAAAUGUUCUAGUUUUCUAAAACUUUAAAAAUUUUCCAAAAAAAAAAAAUGGAAAUAGCUGCUCUGUUUUUACUCAAAAAAUUUAGGUAUCAUUAUUUUUUUUCAAAAAUAUCAGCAUUUGAACCGAAGAAAAGAAAUUGAACCAGGUAUGAAAAUAAUUCUUAGAAACUUGAAAAAAUUUUCUACUUUUUUUUAAUUUUUUUUUUUUUUUUUUUGGUAACAUUUCAAAACUUUGAAAAUCUGCCUUUGAAAAAAUGGAAAUAUAUUCUGUUUUUUCUCAAAAAAAUUGAAAAUUUCCCAAAAAAAAUUGAAAAUUUCACAAAAAAUUAAAAAUUGAUCAUUUUUUUCAUAAAGAUCGGCAUUUGAACUGAUGAAAAGAAACUGAACGAGGUAUAAAAAUAAUUCUUACUUGAAAAAAUUUUCUACUUCUUUUAGUUUUUUUUUACAGUAAAAUUCCAAAAUUUUGAAAAUUUGCCAAAAAAAUAGAUUCUAUUUUUUCUCAAAAAAUUUAAAAAUUCUCUCAAAAUUAGAUAAAACUGAACCAGAAAGGUGAAAGGUCGUUUAAAAUCUAUUUUCGAUCUCAUCCUAGUUUGAUUGGUGAUGAUUUUUGAACCAUUUUGGAGUCUCCGGUGGAUUUUUGGAUAAUCUAGUCCUUGAAAAAUCACUAUGAAAAUCACUCAAAAAUUGAAUUUAGCGUCCACAAACUCAGAUUAAUCAUUCUUGUGUCCCUUUCUAUCGAGUUAUUAGGUACGAUUUUUAAAAUGCGUUCCUUGUCGAAUCCAACUAAAAUUGUUUCCAGAGAUUGAGUGCCUAUUUCCGGAAAAAUUCGUCAUUAUUGAAUAUAAGAAAGUAAUUUCUGAAAUCACCUUUUUCGGUUAUUCUUUGAAGUUUUGAUUGUCUCAAGUCCAAAAAAUGAUGCUAAGAUCCUCGAAAAUUUCGAAAAAAUGCGAUCAAAAAUCAAAAUGAUAAGGGAUAAAUGAAAAACAGGAAAACAUUCAGCAUGGAUUUUUUAAAAAUUCACAAUUCCUGCGUCAGAAGUUUUCCUAAUUGACCCAUUUUUCGAGAAAAAAAUUCUCCAGUCUCUCGAGCAAAGUUAAGUAAUAUGAAAAAAUGAAAAAAACAAUUAAUGAAGAAGAAAUUGAUGACAUUUUUUUUUCAAAUUUUCAAUUUACAUGUAAAAAGUUCUCUAAAUACAAAUGUAGUUUUCCUUUGCAGCAAAAACUAUUCCAACAACGUUUUGAAAAAAUGCUUUCAUUUCAUUUUUUAUGAUCGAGACCGAAGAUGGUGGGGGGGGGGUCAUUACUGGAGGACCAACAAUGUCUGAAAUAUCAGCGGAGGUUUUUCAUUCUGAAAAAACACACAUGAAAAUUUAUUCUUUCACAAAAGUUGAAUAUUUUUGAAACAUUUCGGUGUUUUAUUUAAUUCGUUUGAUUUUACCUCCUGUUGGGGGGGGGGGGUCCGCACAGUGGGAGAAAAAUUACUUGAAUUACUUGAGAUACUGCAGGAGAACGGUUUUCUCAAAACUAGGAGGUUAUUUAGAGGAAUCUUAGCGUGGAAAUUUGAAAUUAAAAAAAGUUAGGUACUUAAUGCAAUUUUCUCUUUUAUUUAAUUUUUUAAAUUUUUUAAAUCUUUAAGAGAUUCUGCUCAAGGACGUGGACAUUGCUUGAGGGGUCGAUGAGAGUGAUUUUUUUUUGAAAAGGGGUGGGGAGGGGUCAUUUAGAAGAAUUCCAUUCCGUGAUUUUUUUCAAUUUUUUUCAGUUGGGGGGGGGGUCUUUUGGCAACACUUGGAUAAUUUUCAGUUGACAGACUGAAAUUGAAUAUGUUUCCAUGAAAAUAAAAAACCAACAACUUUAGAAAGUGGGAGUGAAAAAAAUCAAAAAAUCUAAUGAUCACACCUCUUAAGUCAAUUGGCUGUCUUUUUGAGAUAUUCUGGAGCUUCCAGCAAAUUUUUUGGAUUCUCCAGUUUUGAAAAGAUUCUCAUAAGCCCUGAAAAUGCAAACCCAAAUUAUACAAAUUCAUUUCCAGAUCGUUCAAAAAAAUGUCGAAGAAUUGAAUUCAGGUGUUCAAAAAUGCAAGCUUGAUCAAAUUCAACAUUUUUAGCCAAUUUGAUGAAAAUUUUAUGUUUUUUUUUGUCUAAUCGACGUUCAAAAAUUGUCCAAAAGUUGAAAAAUGAAAUUUAGUGAGUAAAAUUUGACGCAUGAUUCUUGAAGUUUUCUGUGUUUGGUUCAAAAAUUUCACUAACGAGCCUUGAAAAAAAAAUAGUUAUGAGGAAUUUUUAGCUGCAUAUUUACAAUUUUGACUAGGUACUUUGAAAUCUUGUUUUGCUCCUCUCUUGGAGAAAUUCUAACCAGGCCACUGUCUGAUUACACCAUUAAGAAAAUUCAAAAAGAAAGUCUAAAAGAUUAAAGCAUUACACCUAUUAAUAAUUUCACCAUAAAUUUUGAUUUGAUCGUAGGAGUAACCAAAUUUGUUCUUUUUUAGCAUUUUCAAAGGAAAAGUUAUAGAGUAGGUGUAAGUGGUAAUGAAGAUACCGAAAAUAAACCCACACCAAAGUAACAUCAAGCAUAAAACGAACCGUUAUCUUUUUAAAUUAAAAUAACCCAACGUAAUAAUAAUUAAUUCACGGAUAUCGAAAUUUUUCAUCGCGAUUAUUUGCACCUGAAAUACCUGUGUAUUGGUAAAGGUAUUAAAUACACGAUGGAAAAUUUUUCCAAAAAAAAUACGUUUCGAGAGUACCACGAGAAUAUUUUCUUUUUUUAUUAAAUUUAUAGUACAAAUUGAGUGAUUGUGAUGUAUGAAAUUUUUAAGCAAUUUAUUUUCUAAGUGUGUACUUUGUACGACGAAUAAAUUAUUUUUUAAUUUUGUUA